UCUCCUCCUCUUUCUUCGCCAAAAUUCUCCUCCUCAACGUUCAGCACCUUUCUUCGCUGACUCCGCUCGAAAAACCCAAACAAAAAAAAAACUGCAAUUCAGAGAGGUUCAAGGCAGUAGUUUUCUGGGUUUUCUUGCAAAUUGGCUGAGGAGAUACAAGCUUUGAUUUUGGUGGGUGUCGACGGCGGCGGCGGCGGCUGCGGCUGCGGAGGAGGAGACAAGGCCCAUCCCUCUAACUUUUUAGCACACCAGGCAUAUUCAACAAUAACGGCCUGAAUCAGCGCGGGAUUUGGUAUCCGUGUUCUGGGCUAUCCAGCUCACACUGUUCGGGUCAAGUGUAAAAUGGCAGACUCCGGCGAAGCUCCACAACAAAAACAAGAAGUUUGUAAUUUCUUUAAAAAGCCAUCCAAAGGUAAAAAUAUUAGAAAACGCCCUGCUGUUGACGAAGAUAAUGCUGAUGAAGAUUCAAAGGAUGAAAGCUCCGUGGUUUUUAAUAAGAAGAAGCCAGCAGCAGCUGACAACAAAUUGCACUUCUCUACUGGAUCCUCCAAGCGUUCUAUCGAGGCAGAAACUAAUGCAGACUCAAAAACCCCAUUUUUUCAUUUUGAAUCUUCUAAGGAGAUUCAGGUUCAUAAUGAUAGUAGAGCAACAGCAACAUUAGAAACUGAGACCGAGUUCUCAAGAGAUGCUCGGGCAAUCAGGGAGAGAGUUCUCAAGCAAGCAGAGGAGGCAUUGCAAGGAAAAGGUACUAGUGAUGAAAAAGUAUAUAAAGGAAUGCAUGGAUACACAGAUUACAAAGCUGGGUUUCGAAGAGAGCAUACUGUCUCUGGUGAGAAAGCUGGUGGUUCACAUGGACCUCUUCGAGCAUCUGCCCACAUUAGAGUAUCAGCAAGGUUUGACUAUCAGCCAGAUAUCUGCAAGGAUUAUAAAGAGACAGGUUAUUGUGGAUAUGGGGAUGCAUGCAAGUUUAUGCAUGACCGCGGUGAUUAUAAAUCAGGAUGGCAACUAGAGAAGGAGUGGGAUGAAGCAGAGAAGAUCAGGAAAAGGAAUUUGGCUUUGGGAGUUGAUAAUGCGGAUGAGGAUACUGCUGAGAAGAGUGAUGAAGAUGAAGAUGAUGCCUUGCCCUUUGCUUGUUUCAUUUGUAGGCAACCUUUUGUGGAUCCUGUGGUGACCAAGUGCAAGCACUACUUCUGCGAGCAUUGUGCAUUAAAGCAUCAUGCAAGAAACAAGAAGUGCUUCGUGUGCAACCAGCCAACCAAUGGGAUAUUCAACACAGCAUUUGAGAUACGCAAGAGAAUGUCAGCUGAAGGGAAAUGAUGUGUCUGAGCCAUUUGCCUUGUGCAUCAUGAUCUAAUCCUAUAUAUGCUAUGAUUAUUUUUCUGUUCUAGUGUAAGUUCUUUUUUGAUCAGAUAGUACAACUUUGGCCAAUUUACACAUCUUUUAUGGUAAGGGCAUUGCUUCUGGUACAUGCUAUUUUACAAAACUCUACAACAUUUAUGCUGAGUAAUGUGUAUAUAUUAUAUAUUAUAAGACGAAUACCAUUGACUUGAAUGUG